AUGUGGCCCUUCCUGGUGAGAUUUGAAUGUAUCCUGUUCCUUGCUUCAGCCUUUUCAGUGAUAACUCAUCUCAGCCAAGGCCUGUCACCCAGGAUUAAUCAAAGUCACCUGAUCCCCUCCUACCUGAAAAACCGCAAGUCAGGUCUAAAAGUUGAGGGCUCAAACUUCACACUAGGAGGCUUUCCGUUCCUGAUCAUAGCAGGCACUGUUCACUAUUUCCGGGUGCCCAAGAAGUAUUGGAGAGACCGUUUGCUGAAGAUGAAGGCAGGUGGCUUCAACACCCUCAUCACGCAUGUUCCCUGGAACCUUCACGAGCCCAAAAUAGGCAAAUUUCAUUUCACUGGAAACCUGGACGUGAUGGCUUUUAUAACCACAGCUUCAGAGGUGGGACUCUGGGUCAUUCUGUGUCCAGGACCCUACAUUGGUAGUGACUUAGAUCUUGGAGGCUUGCCCAGCUGGUUACUCAAGGAUCCAAAAAUGAAGCUGCGGACAACUUACAAGGGCUUCAUUAAAGCAGUGGAUUUAUAUUUUGAUCAUCUGAUUUCCAGGCUGUUGCCAUUGCAGUAUAACCGGGGAGGCCCCAUCAUUGCUAUGCAAGUUGAGAAUGAAUAUGGUUCAUAUUAUCUGGAUAAAAAGUACAUGCCAUAUGUCAAAAAGGCCCUGGAGAAAAGAAAGGUCGAGGUGCUUCUCAUGACUGCUGAUAGUGGACGAAUGCUGGGAAAAGGCCGCAUAAAAAAUGUGCUGGUCACUCUCCACAUGAAGAAUAUACAUAAAGGAACUUACAAAGAACUUUCUUCAAUUCAGGGUCAUAGUCCUAUAAUGAUGAUGGUAUACACAGUGAACUCUUUUGACUCAUGGGGUGUUGCCCACCACCUUCCAGACGGACAUAUGUUACUUAAGGAUGUACGUGAAAUGCUCAAGCUUAGGUUCUCCCUCAACUUCUACAUGUUCCAUGGUGGCACCAACUUUGGUUUCAUGGGUGGAGCUCAACAUUUGAAUGGUUAUUACCCUGUUGUCACCAGCUAUGAGUAUGGGGCACUGCUGAGAGAGAAUGGAGAUUACACGCCUGAGUAUACCACAUUUCAAGAGGUUUUUCGGUCUGUUAUAGCUCCUAUGCCCCUCCCACUAAAUUACAUACCAAAGAAUGCCUAUAAGUCAGUGACACUAUUAUACUUCAUGACACUAUGGAACCUGCUUCCCUACCUGGACUUGCCAACCAAGUCUGUCAAGCCACUCACCAUGGAACAGCUGUCUGUGAAUGAAGGAAGUGGUCAAUCCUAUGGGUACACGCUUUAUGAGACUGCCAUUUCCAGUGAUGGCAUCCUCACCUCAAAGGGCCAUGUUCAAGAUCGGGGUCAGGUGUUUUUGGAUGACAAGCACGUGGGAAUCCUGGAUCAUUCCAAAGAUGAGCUAACUAUUCAGAAACAUGACCACCAGGAAUACCACACUCUAAGGAUCUUGGUGGAGAAUCAAGGCCGACUCUCCUCUGGGAAGAGCAUGAACCAGGAGAGAAAAGGUUUAACUGGGGAUAUUUAUCUGAACAAUUCUCCAUUAAGAAAAUUUACAAUAUACAGCCUGGAAAUGAAAAGUGUAUUCAUAAAAAGGAAACUCCCCAAAAUCUGGAAGCUAAUCACAGAGAAAGUUAAGGGCCCUGCCUUCUUCCUUGGUUACCUAAAAAUCAGUGGUGAUCCCAGAGACACCUUUAUACAACUGGAGGGCUGGAAUAAAGGAGUAGUAUUCAUCAAUGGACAAAACCUAGGACGCUACUGGAGUAUAGGACCCCAGGAAACUCUCUACCUUCCAGGACCCUGGCUCCAUACUGGAACAAAUGAGAUUAUCUUGUUUGAGGAAUUGGAAAGUGGCAUAGAGGUUGGGUUUAAAAUGGAACCUCAUUUAGGAUAUUGAGUCAUAAGUGGUGUGUAGUAAAUGGACUGAGCUGUCAUGUGAGCAGUGGGGCUGUGAGUAACCCAUCAAUCCUGGCACUUUGGUCACCACAACCACCCUGGCUUCUCGAUUCAGCUCCAACUGCCUGGAGUCCACCAUCCACUUCCUGAUCUGCCAGCAUACCACUCUUCUGGCUUAAGUUAUCCCACCUGUUUCUCAUGUUUACUACAAAAUAAGUCUACCCAGUGCACACCAUUUGUCAUGCUGCCACCUUAAAAGCUAUAGUGACCACCAAAUAAAAUGUUGA